AUGAAAAUCAACCGUCUUCGUUCUGUCUGGGGAGUUGCGCCAGGUCCCAACCUGGACAAUUGGGCGCAAUUGUUCCCAGAUCUGAAGAAGCAAGGCUAUGUCGGCGUCGAGGUGGACAUCCAUGGAAUCGUUCCCGAGGGCGACUUUCCACGAUUGAGGGAAAUUUGUGACGAGACCGGCCUCGAGAUUGGCGCGAUGGUGCACUCGUCGUGGUUUAUGUAUGCUGGGCCUCGACCGGUUGGUCUGAAGGCAGUGGAUCACCUCCGAAAUUAUAGAGAGCUGCUUCAAUUGGUCAAGCAGCUGCGACCGAUAACCAUCAACUUCCAGUCUGGAGAGGAUGCUUGGGAUAUCGAAGAGUCAAUCAAAUUCUAUCAAGGGACUCUCCAGGUCGACGAAGAACUUGGACUUUCCGGCUGUGUCACCCACGAGAGUCACCGCAAUCGCUCACUAUUCACGCCUUAUGUGACACAGCAGAUUCUAGAAGCUGUUCCACAACUCCGAAUUACCGCCGACUUCUCGCACUGGAUGGUUGGGCUAGAGAGACUCUUGGAUAUUGGGGAAGGUGAUCGUGCUAUGAUUGAUGCAAUCAUCCCACAUGUGUAUCACAUUCACGCCCGAAUCGGCACGACACAAGCGUCCCAGUGUCCGGAACCACUCAAUCCUGUUUUCGAACAAGAGAGACUGUGCAUGGAAAGGAUUUGGACGAAGAUUAUUCAAAGUCGGUUUGAGCGAGAUGGUCCCGACAGCAUAAUUACCUUCGUUCCUGAAUAUGGGCCAUUCCCAUAUCACCCCAUCGGAAGCUCUAAAACGCACAGCCAGGUCGCAGAUGAGGAGGGAGCGCGUUUGCAAGCCCUGUUUGAAGAACUUGCAGAAGGUCUAACCAAGGUUUGA